GUUGACGCUCCUAUGUGUAGCCGUGUGGUGAAGUGUCGCACGUCUUUCAUGCCGAACACGACACACCAAAAACUAACGGCUGGCAGACAGAGCUCAGCAGAAGUGUAACCGGAACGGAACUGGUUGAAAUAAAUUACACGGUGAAAAAAAACAACAUGCCCAAACCAUGCCACUGAAAUUGUUUUUUGCUUCGUAACAUGGCAGGCAGUCCGUCGAAACAGGAUGAUUUGUUUUUACAGGGAGAACGUCAAAGGCUCUACAAAUAGAAGUUGCAUAAAAGUAUAAAGGAAACGACCCCGUUCUCUGAACAGGACGAAAAUGUUCCUACAGGUUAGUUGGCAUGUUGUUUAGUGUAGUUAUACAAUUGAAACAUUUUUUUAGCAUCCAUAAAAAAAACAUAAAUGAAAGGACAAACAAAUUAUUGAAAGUUGGAUUAGCGAUAACUGAAACUCGAUGAGUAGCCAUGAUUUGAACUUACCUCAUUGGGGCCGAGAACAUUUUUCUUUAAUAAUCUUAUUUUAACCUGCCAGACAAGGCAUCACCUUAUUCUGUGCCUAUAGGGCAGCGGUUCUCAACCUGUUGGUCGCGACCCCUUUGGGGGCUCGAAACCAGUGAUUAUUUCAGAAAUUUUCCCCUGGGGGGCACUUCAGAUUUUUCGGGGAGGGGGGCAGUGCCAGCAGUGCCAGUUGAUUUUAUUGUCGGACAUAUUUUUGCUCCGGAUGGCGGGCACUUGGCUUUUCCCGGGGGCAGUGCCCCCCCCCCCCGAGGGAAGAAACCCUGCUCGAACGACCCUCAAAAAGGGGUCACUUAAGACCAUUGGAAAAACACAUAAUUAUGAAGUAGCAACAAAAAAUAAUUUUAUGGUUGGGGGUCACCACAACACCAGGAACUGUAUUAAAGGGUCGCGGCGUCGGGAAAGUUGAGAACCACUGCUAUAGGGAGAUCAGUUGGUAAUCACAAUCACAUUAUUACUUCUCUUAAUAGCAUUAGAGCACAUUUUUAGGAAUUGAUAAAAAUUAUAAGCUUAUGAUUUGUAAGAGUGGUUUUUUUUUUUACGGUUAAAAUUUCAGAAUUAUUCUAUCUCCUAUUGAUGAUAUUUUACUAUUUUUUGUAUAAUUGUUUUAUUAAAGGUAAUAAUAAUAAAAAAAAUAGAAAGGUCCUGCCAGGGAUAUUUGAUAAAAGUUGACAUAAAGAUCAUAUAAAUAAUAAUUAGAAGUUAUGCUUCAAGUUUGGACAAGCUGGAUCAAAAUACUUGUCACAGAAUCAAUUCUCUUUGUAUGAAAAGAAAGUAUGGAGAGUAAUGAUGAGUUCAAUAGCGCGCAAAAUAAAAUUUCCGACAACUGCACCAAAUGAGAUGCUUAAAAAGAUCGCGAGUGCGUCUGGGGCGUAAUGUUUUCUUUUGUUUGAUGGAAAUAUUAUCAAUUUAAAUCUGGCGUGAAAAAGGGGUGGUGCAUUAGAAUAUCAAUAUUAUCUAGGUGUGUGAAAAAAGUGUGCGAAGGCGUACCCUGGUGUGGGAUGUGGGGGUUGGGGGGUGGGAGAGUCAGCACUUAUUGGGAAUCUUAUAAAGUGUGUUACUUGAAUUGAUGUUUUUUUGUGUUUUUUUUUCAAAUAAUUUUAGUAGAUGGGAAGUUCGCGCAUUGCAUUCGCCAUUGUUGAACUUAAUAAAAGCAAAAAAAAUCUUGAUUAUAAAAUUACUAAUUAUAGCCCGCCAAACAUUGUCGACGGCAAUGCGUGAACUUCCCAUCUAGUAAAGUUACUUGACAAAACAUGAACUCAAGUUACGCACAGUUAAGAAUCCCAAUUCUACAUCCCUCCCCCUACCCCAAUGACACGUCACUGCGCACCUUUUUAAUUUCCCAGCCAUGAACUAUUUUAAUAUUCUGAUGUCUCAACCACUUUUAAACCGAUUAUUUAUUAUUAUGGCAUCCUUCCGUCUACGUGAGACGAUGGAGUAACUAUAUAGUUCUACACUUGGACGAGUGGCUCACUUGGCCGAUCCUAGAAUGGCAAUCACGGCCGCAUCUCUCGCAGGAGAAUGUUGAAACCCGGUAAAUUCUUGAUUUUCGAAUUGUUCUUUUUGAUUCGAGGGCCUCGUUUCGAGUAACGUCGCCCUUUUUACUCCUUCAAACACUGCUGUACGCCAGUUGGAGCGAUGUUCGGCAAUGAACUCCCAUUCGUUUGUUUCAAUAUUGGCUUCCCUCAUGCUUCGUUUGCUAACGUCAAUAAAUCUCAGGCGCGGUCAUCCAAUAUGUCUUGUCCCCUCUGCCAACUCUCCAUACAGCAGAAUCUUUGGGAUACGUCCUUCCUCCAUUCUCCGUACAUGACCUAACCAGCGAAGGCGUCUCUUGAUAAGAAAGGAGAAUAUGCUAAACAUGUGUGCACGUUCCAAGACCUCCACGUUAGGCACCCUGUCCUGCCAACGAAUGCGCAAAGUGCGACGCAGACAUCUUUGAUGGAAGCUGUUGAGUUUCCGCUCCUCACUGUGGUCCACACUUCGCUACCAUAUAGGAUCGUGCUAAGCAUUAUUUAUUACACCGUAUUUAAAUUGAGACGAUUCCUCUUCCGACAAGAAAAUAUUACGCACCAAACGCAGUUGAAUUAUAAAAUAAAAAUCGUUUGGCGUAGUUAGCGGGAAUUAUAUUUUUCGCUUCAUUUAACUCAAUCUUGAACCAUAGUUUCUUUCAGAGAAUUAUAUGUAAUAUAAUUCAUUUUAUUAAUUUUUUUCCAAACCAAUGAUUCAUCUGACAAACGUCUCUUUAUAAAAUAAAGAACUCCAUCACUAGCACACCAUUUCUAACUACGUCAUCACUGCUGCUCAUGCUAAAACAUAACAACAUUAACAGCGCCAUUUUCCCAUACCAAAUCUACGUCACAAAACAGAAAGUAAAUAGCAAAAGCUACGAAAAUGAUCUCAGUACCAAAACCAUACAAAUGGGCAAAAAAUCCUUUAAUGUUUUUAAUUUUUACCGAUUAGAUUCAUUAGCUUAGCAUUGUCCGACUAUAUCGUAUUUAGUAUCAAUGGAAAGCUUCGUUUCUCAGAAUUUAGAUAACUGUAGCUUCCUGUCAUUUAAGAAUGUUACCAAACACUUCAAUUGGCGUUGAAUAAUGGUCAAAAAGGUGUUUUUGACGGAGAACCUUGAACUUUUACUAAAGAACUCAUUUGGAUGCGUUACAAGUGAAGAAAUCGGUCAUCCUUUUAUGAAAUUCGGUUAGCCGAGCAGUGUGCUCUGUAAAUAUGCAAUAUUUCAAUUUGGUUUCACCCCCUGAGAUGGUGUCGCCCGGUGCGGUCCGCACGCUCUACCUACGCCACUGUAUGCAACUAAAAUGAAAGCGUGAAUGAAAAGUGAGGACUUCAGCUGACAUUUAUACGUUAUUUGUGUUGUGAUAUAAAUCAGUGAUGUUAGCACUGUCUCACAUCAGUCAUGCAAGACUUGUUAGCAAUGUCUCACAUCAGUCUUGCCAGACUUGUUAACAAUGUCUCACAUCAGUCAUCCCAGACUUGUUAACAAUGUCUCACAUCAGUCAUGCUAGACUUGUUAGCACUGUCUCAAAUCAGUAAUGCCAGACUUGUUAGCACUGUCACACAUCAGUAAUGCAAGACUUGUUAACAAUGUCUAACAUCAGUCAUGCCAGACUUGUUAGCACUGUCUCAUAUCAGUCAUGACUUAGCACUGUCUCACAUCAAUAAUGCCAGACUGGUUAGCACUGUCUCACAUCAGUAAUGCCAGACUAGUUAGCAUGGUCUCACAUCAGUCAUGCCAGACUAGUUAGCACUGUCUCACAUCAGUAAUGUUUUACUUCUUAACAAUGUCUCACAUCAGUCAUGCCAGACUUGUUAGUACUGUCUCACAUCAGUCAUGCCAGACUUGUUAGCACUGUCACACAUCAGUAAUGCAAGACUUGUUAACAAUGUCUAACAUCAGUCAUGCCAGACUUGUUAGCACUGUCUCAUAUCAGUCAUGACUUAGCACUGUCUCACAUCAAUAAUGCCAGACUGGUUAGCACUGUCUCACAUCAGUAAUGCCAGACUAGUUAGCACUGUCUCACAUCAGUCAUGCCAGACUAGUUAGCACUGUCUCACAUCGGUCAUGCCAGACUAGUUAGCACUGUCUCACAUCAGUCAUGCCAGACUAGUUAGCACUGUCUCACAUCAGUCAUGCCAGACUAGUUAGCACUGUCUCACAUCAGUCAUGCCAGACUAGUUAGCACUGUCUCACAUCAGUAAUGCCAUAGUUGUUAACACUGUCUCACGUUGUCUAUCUGACAAAAUGUUUAAAAGAAGAACAUUUUUAGAGUUUAUGAUUUUCCUUUUCUAAAAACAUUCAUGAAAAUUUUGAAUUGAUAGUAGGUCGUUAAUUUUAUAAAGUUAUUUGUUUUAAAUUUAAAAAAAAAUGUAUUGUAUAAUUUAUUUCACUAUUUCAAUAUGAUCUUUAUUGGUUUCCAGGGUCAAUCAUUUUCGGAAAAAGAAAGAUGUGCGUUUGAGUUUAAGUUUAAGUUUGAGUCAAAAGCUUAGGAUUUUCAAAUGAAAUAUAAGAAAAAGGUAUGCUAAGCUUGGGAUUUUCAAAUGAAAUAUAAGAAAAAGGUAUGCUAAGCUUGGGAUUUUCAAAUGAAAUAUAAGAAAAAGGUAUGCUAAGCUUGGGAUUUUCAAAUGAAAUAUAAGAAAAAGGUAUGAUAAGCUUAGGAUUUUCAAAUGAGAUAUAAGAAAAAGGUAUGCUAAACUUAGGAUUUUCAAAUGAAAUAUAAGAAAAAGGUAUGCUAAACUUAGGAUUUUCAAAUGAAAUAUAAGAAAAAGGUAUGCUAAACUUAGGAUUUUCAAAUGAAAUAUAAGAAAAAGGAAUGCUAAACUUAGGAUUUUCAAAUGAAAUAUAAGAAAAAGGUAUGCUAAACUUAGGAUUUUCAAAUGAAAUAUAAGAAAAAGGAAUGCUAAACUUGGGAUUUUAAAAUGAAAUAUAAGAAAAAGGUAUGCUAAGCUUGGGAUUUUCAAAUGAAAUAUAAGAAAAAGGUAUGCUAAGCUUAGGAUUUUCAAAUGAAAUAUAAGAAAAAGGUAUGCUUAGCUUAGGAUUUUCAAAUGAAAUAUAAGAAAAAGGUAUGCUAAGCUUAGGAUUUUCAAAUGAAAUAUAAGAAAAAGGUAUGCUAAACUUGGGAUUUUCAAAUGAAAUAUAAGAAAAAGGUAUGCUAAGCUUGGGAUUUUCAAAUGAAAUAUAAGAAAAGGGAAUGCUAAGCUUAGGAUUUUCAAAUGAAAUAUAAGAAAAAGGUAUGCUAAGCUUGGGAUUUUCAAAUGAAAUAUAAGAAAAAAAAGGUAUGCUAAGCUUGGGAUUUUCAAAUGAAAUAUAAGAAAAAGGUAUGCUAAGCUUGGGAUUUUCAAAUGAAAUAUAAGAAAAAGGUAUGAUAAGCUUAGGAUUUUCAAAUGAGAUAUAAGAAAAAGGUAUGCUAAACUUAGGAUUUUCAAAUGAAAUAUAAGAAAAAGGUAUGCUAAACUUAGGAUUUUCAAAUGAAAUAUAAGAAAAAGGUAUGCUAAACUUAGGAUUUUCAAAUGAAAUAUAAGAAAAAGGAAUGCUAAACUUGGGAUUUUAAAAUGAAAUAUAAGAAAAAGGUAUGCUAAGCUUGGGAUUUUCAAAUGAAAUAUAAGAAAAAGGUAUGCUAAGCUUGGGAUUUUCAAAUGAAAUAUAAGAAAAGGGAAUGCUAAGCUUAGGAUUUUCAAAUGAAAUAUAAGAAAAAGGUAUGCUAAACUUAGGAUUUUCAAAUGAAAUAUAAGAAAAAGGUAUGCUAAACUUAGGAUUUUCAAAUGAAAUAUAAGAAAAAGGUAUGCUAAACUUAGGAUUUUCAAAUGAAAUAUAAGAAAAAGGUAUGCUAAACUUAGGAUUUUCAAAUGAAAUAUAAGAAAAAGGUAUGCUAAACUUAGGAUUUUCAAAUGAAAUAUAAGAAAAAGGUAUGCUAAACUUAGGAUUUUCAAAUGAAAUAUAAGAAAAAGGAAUGCUAAACUUGGGAUUUUAAAAUGAAAUAUAAGAAAAAGGUAUGCUAAGCUUGGGAUUUUCAAAUGAAAUAUAAGAAAAAGGUAUGCUAAGCUUAGGAUUUUCAAAUGAAAUAUAAGAAAAAGGUAUGCUAAGCUUAGGAUUUUCAAAUGAAAUAUAAGAAAAAGGUAUGCUAAACUUAGGAUUUUCAAAUGAAAUAUAAGAAAAAGGUAUGCUAAGCUUGGGAUUUUCAAAUGAAAUAUAAGAAAAAGAUAUGCUAAGCUUGGGAUUUUCAAAUGAAAUAUAAGAAAAAGGUAUGCUAAACUUAGGAUUUUCAAAUGAAAUAUAAGAAAAAGGUAUGAUAAACUUAGGAUUUUCAAAUGAAAUAUAAGAAAAAGGAAUGCUAAACUUGGGAUUUUAAAAGGUUGUGCAAAAAAGAUGGCGCAUACGAAUAAAGCUGAAUAUGUAAACUCUCAUAUUAUGUCAAAGUUGACAUUAACUUUAGUUAACAAAUCUAUAUCCUCUAUAAUUAUCCAUUUUUUGCCUGUUUCUCAGCUUUCCAAGAAAACCGUUAUGCGGCUGUCUUGCUGCGUGCUGGUCGUGAUGAUAUUCUCCAUGAGUUACAUCGCUUACAGUGGUCGUUUCCUGGUCCCGGUGCCUGCCAAGGCAAAGAACAAUCUACAAGACGAUUGGCCGAGGAAAGUCUCACAACACUUAGGUGCAAACAACGAAAAGAAAACAACGGCAGUUAAAUCAUUGAAGCCUCACCUUGACACACCUGUGGGGAACCCAGGAGAUCCCACAACGGUUGAAUCUCCGGGAUCUUCCUCAAAAGUAGGAUCUGCUCCGAAAUUCGAUUUUAAAGUUUUCAGACAGGAAAAUAAAUCUUUUAAAGAUGAAUCCUUGAUACUUGGGAGACAAGACACUGUUCUGAAAUCGCCAAUAAAAAAUUCCCACAAUGGACAAGAAUCUGGGCCACAGUCCGACUUGAUGUUGAACACAACAAGAGCUUCGCACUAUUUGAACUCAUCCAAAAGUUUAUCAUCAGACAUUUCUGAAAUUCGACCAGUAGAUGCAAGAAAUAAUGUGUCACUUAUCACAGAGCUUCCUAUUGAAAGUUUGGAUUCGAUCCACGAAACUCUGCCAACGAUACACUAUAACUUCACCAUUCCCAAAACGAAUUUCACUAGAUCGCCGAGACGCUCUUCUCAUGAAGUUAAAACAGUGACUCUCAAGCCACUGAUCCUUCCACCUCCACCACAAGUGGAAACCACGUCGAAUUCCAACCACACAAAAUAUCUGGUGUACCUGUGCGACUCCAGGAGUAUGUGUGGGGGCUGGGGGGACAGACAGCGUGGCAUCGUGGCCGUGUAUGUCCUCGCCUGGUUCACCAACCGUCAGUUCAAACUUGUGAUGACCAGCCCAUGCGAUCUGUCGAGCUUUUAUGUGCCAAAUAAGGUCAAGUGGCAGCCGGAUCCGAAAGAGCUGGACCCGCCUUCGGAUCACAACACGAUCAACAACUACGGGAGGGAGAGGGAGAUGCUGUACAAGAACAUCUCAAGCGGGGAUUUCAACGAGCAUCUCCCCCAACGAACGCUGUAUAUGAAAACCAACAGCGACGUGUUCUCCCAUUACAGGUACAACCCAGCCUACGCAAGUCUUCUGAAGACGUGGACCGGAUUGCAGGAUGAACGGACGCGGUUUCGAUGGGCAUGGUCAAAUCUUAUGCAACCAGCCCCGCCCAUGCUCUCAAAAUUACAAGGUAUUUUAGGUCCAGGUUUCCUCGAGAGAAAAGGUCUGCUGCACGGAUCAUCCACCAGGAACAUGUCAAAAUCCCCUCACGACGUUGGCGGAGCCCACUUAGUUUGUGCACACGUCAGGAUCGGCCAGAACCCCUCCUUACCCAUGGACGGCCCGUUCACUGCGGUAGAACUAAAAGAUAUUCCGACGCUGCAUAAAUUUAUGUUGUCGAAAGAUCUCCGAGGCGACGCCCGGUUUUUCGUAGCCACGGAUUUCAUUAACGUGAGAAUCAGAUCACACAAUUAUUUUGGGAACAGAUUUGUGGAGCAUGGCGGGAAAAUUACGCACAUUGACCGACAGCGCAGGGGAGAUGACGUAUGUGGUGGCUUCGAAACCGUGCUCAUUGACCAACUGAUUUUGAGCUUGUGUGACGUACUUAUCGUUAGUAAAAGCGGAUUCAGUAUUAGGGCUUCAUUUAUGCGAGACUCCUCGGAACAGGUUUAUAUAUUGGAGAAUGGGGACAUAUACGAGUUUACACCCUAAAAACUUAGAAUGUGCCACUGUUUCCUAUGUUGAAUAGCGUAGUUAUUAGACAGGAUGGAAUGUGAACAUUUGAUAGAUCUGUCAUGGGACAGGAAAGUAUGUGAAAAUUUGAUCGCUGUAUUAUGGAACAUGAUAGUAUGUGAACAUUUGACCGGUGUAUUAUGGAACAGGAUAGUAUGUGAAUAUUUGAUAAUUAUGUUAUGGAACAGGAUAGUAUGUGAACAUUUGAUAGAUGUUUUAUGGGACAGGAAAAUAUGUGAACAAUUGAUAGAUUUUUUUUGGACAGGAUAGUAUGUGAGCAUUUGACCUCUGUAUUAUGGAGCAUGAUAGUUUGUGAAUAUUUGACCUCUGUAUUAUGGAACAUGAUAGGAUGUGAACAUUUGAUACAUGUGUUAUGUGACAGGAUAGUAUGUGAACAUUUGACAGUUUGUACUUUGUUGAAUAAAACACGCUAAAUAGCUCCAUGAUAUUUUUUAAUGGACGAUUUUCCUAAUCAAUUUCGUGUAUUGGUAGCCUACAGCUGCUAUGUUGUCCUAUUUAACAGCAGGCCAAAAAAAGUUGUUAGCCUACAGCUGCUAUUGUUAUACACCAAACAAACAGAUCUAAACUACAACCGAAACAAACCCCACACAAUAAGGUGCACAACUGAUGUCAAGUGGUUAUAGGUGACGGUAGGUAGCUACAGGUGAUGCUAGGUGGUUACAGGUGAUGCUAGGCGGUUACAGGUGCCAAUGGUGACACUACGUGGCAGGCCUGCACAACUCGAAAUCUAAGGCGGGCCGUAAUACUUUUUGAAAAACUUGUGCGGGCCAAAAGAAAAUAGGACAAAGACUUGUGCGUGCUGAAAGAAAAUAGGACAGGGGGG